UUGAAACGAGAUAUCUUAUCUAGCAUCAUCUCUGGCAACAGAACAAACAGGCAGACAGACCGAAGAUAACCGUGAGUCUGAACGAUGGAUGUCGAGUUCCUGAAAUAUCGCUUUGAGGAGAAAUACGAAAAUGUCACUCCGCACAAAUUCAAAAUCGGCGUGCGCCAUCUACAAAUCCUGUACAUGAUUGUGAUAUCGAUAGUGGUGGGUCUGCACCGGGGCAGCGUGGGCGCGACCAUGCUGGCCCUCACUGACGAGAGCAGGCUCAACGAUACUUAUAUAAAGAUCCACACCUGGGACAGGUCCACGCAAGGCAUAUUUCUGUUCGCGUUCUUCUUCGGCUAUGCCGCGAUGAUCGUCCCGGCUGAGUUGUGGCUGCGCAGGAUCGGUGGCCGGUACAUCCAGACCGCCGUCCUCGCCGUCAGCGGCGGACUGUGCGCGGCUAUGCCUACUAUUAUCAAUAGGGGUGAUUAUUCAGCAGUAUUCAGCGCGCAGCUGUUCAUGGGUAUGGCGCAGAGCGGGCUGUCUCCAGCAAAUAGAUGUCUACUCGAGAAGUGGCUGCCACCAGAUGAGAGGAACAAGUUUAGCUGGUUAGUUUAUGGUGGUGUGUUAUUCGGCAUCAUCAUCGGCUUGCCCGUGGCGGGCCGCGUCUCUGAAGAGGAGCUAGGCUGGGAGCUCAUCUACUACAGCUUGGCUAUGAUCUCCUUGUCCAUGGCCGUGAUCACCUUCGCGCUGACCGCCAGCUCGCCCGACGAACACCCGGCCUUGGGAGAAUCCGAGAAGGAGUUUUUAGAAUCCGUGGUUACUAGUAGCAACAAGAAAAAUACAGUCUCGUGGCGAGAAAUCUUCAAAUCACCUCAAUUUUGGGGAAUCGCUUUUGCCCAUGUCUUCAGUAACACGGCAUUUAUUUUCUAUUUAACCGAUGUGCCUCUGUUCUUGAGGAUAUUUAGACUCACACUAAGAGAGAGCGCAUGUUGGGCAGCUGUACCAUUUGCCAUACUGUGGGUGACGUACAUGAUCAUGAAGCCUGUAGUUCAGCUGCUCGUGGCGUGCUUCGUGCCCAACACCUACGAAGACAUGAGCUUCAGCAGGCAGCUGGUCAAUCCGAGGAAGAUUGUCAACUUUAUUAGUGCAGCAGUUUUUCUCUUUUUACCAACACUAUCUGCCCUCGUACCAGAUUCUCUAGUAUCAGCUUUUGUGUUACUGUUGGUGAUAUCAGCAGCUCUCGGACUUCAGUACCUUGGGUUUUUGGAGAACAUGUCUGAUGCUACAGACAAGUACAGAGACGACGUUGUGAUGUUGUGCACCACCUUUGCGAGUGUUGUGGGUUCUUUCUACCCUUUAAUUUCUGGAUUCAUUCUUAGAAGCGAUGUCAGCGGUGUUCAUAAUUGGAAAAAUCUAUUUCUCUUUCUAACAACACUAUGUGUGGUUUGCAAUCUCAUAUUUUUCAAAUUUGCUACGAGUUACAAAAUGGAGAUUAAAAGUAAAGUCCAGACACGACCGAAUAACUCAGUGUACAGCCCAAUAGAAAUGGAAAUACUCUCAGAGAAGGAUAAAAACGGACGAUUAUAACUGGACCGAUGUAGUGGAAAGGAAUCGUGAUAUUAUUGAUUUAAUGGCCAUGCUGUGAUACAAUGUUUUUAAUGCACAAUACAAGUAAAUUUACGAUUAACAAA